GAGGCGGAGCGGGCCGGCCGCGGCACCGCCGGGCCGCCAGGAGGGGCUGUUCCCGCGGCGCUUCCCGGGCGGGAGCACGUGGGUCCCGGUACCGACCGCGGGUGCCCGCUCCAUGUUCGCGGAGCAGGGCUGGAACGAUGCGGCGGAGCCGCUGUUCCGCGGCGCCCCGGAGGGCCCGGGCAGGCCGGGCCGCACGACGGGAAAGAGGCGGCGGCCCGGGACCGGUGGGGCCGGCGAGGCGGCGCGGACGGCCCCGAAAGCGGAGGAAGGCCGGCGGGCCGCGGGCAGCGGCGGGGGAGCUCCCGGCCGGUCCCGGCGAGCCUCGGGAGGCCGGGCAGCGGCCGGACACAGACGGCCCGGCUGAGCCGGCGGAGGGGUCCGGGAAACCGGCCGGGCUGAGCCGUAGGCAGCGGCGGAACCGGCAGAAGCGGCAGCGCCAGCAGGAGCCGCCGGCGGGGUCGGACGGGGAGCGGGGCUCGGGGCCGGGCCCCCCGGACCCGCCGGAGGCUCCUGCGGAGCCGCGCUCGGGGCGCUCGGCUGCGCUCCGUGCGCGGAUGGAGGAGCGGCUGCUCGGCGCCCGGUUCCGCUACCUGAACCAGCAGCUCUACACCGGCACCAGCCGGGACGCGGCGCGGCUCUUCCGCGCCGACCCUGCCGCUUUCCACCUCUACCACCGCGGCUUCGAGCGGCAGGUGCGGCGCUGGCCCGAGCGCCCCGUGCAGCGCAUCGUGCGCUACCUGCGCCGCCGGCCAGCGUCGCUGGUCGUGGCGGAUUUCGGGUGCGGGGACUGCACGCUGGCCGCCAGCGUCAAGAACCAGGUGCACUGCUUCGACCUGGUGCCGCUGAGUCCGCGGGUCACCGUCUGUGACAUGGCCAAGGUGCCGCUGGCGGCUGAGUCGGUCGACGUGGCCGUGUUCUGCCUGGCGCUGAUGGGCACCAACCUGGAGGAGAUCCUAGGAGAGGCCAACCGUGUCCUCAGGCUCGGGGGAACCCUGAUGGUGGCCGAGGUGGCCAGCCGCUUUGAGGACACCCGAGCCUUCCUGAAGGCCAUGACGCAGCUGGGCUUCAAGACCGUCUCCAAGGACCUCUCCAGCUCCUACUUCUACCUGUUUGAGUUCGCCAAGACGGGCCCGGCGCGGCCCGGCCCCGCUCCCGGGUUGCGCCUGCGGCCGUGCCUGUACAAGCGGCGGUGACCGGGGAGGGGGCGGGGCCGGUGAGCGGGAGGGGGCGGGGCCAUGGGC